AUGGGAAAGAUAGCAAAGAUUGAAUACUUUCGUGUCCCACCCCGGUGGCUGUUCGUCAAGAUCACGGAUGCCGAUGGAAACUAUGGUUGGGGGGAAGCAUCGCUAGAAGGCCACACACAAGCAGUCGAAGGCUGCUUGGACGCUUGGGCUGAGCGAUACGUUGGCUUUGAAGCAGAUGAAAUUGAACACAUAUGGCAAAUGUGCUGGCGCACCAGCUUCUACCGUGGCGGACCAGUCUUCAUGAGCGCUCUGGCUGGCAUCGACAUAGCACUUUGGGAUCUUAAGGCCCGAAAACUUAACGUGCCAAUCUACCAACUAUUGGGCGGAAAAGUGCGGGACAGACUAAAGGUUUAUGCUUGGAUUGGUGGAGAUAGACCAAACGAUGUGAAAGAGCAAGCCUUAGCCCGCAAAGCGCAAGGAUUCCAUGCCGUCAAAAUGAACGCGACAGAAGAUAUCGGCUGGCUCGACUCGCCCUCAACUCUCCAGUCCGCCGUCGACCGUCUCAAAACCGUCAAAGAUCUAGGAAUGGAUGCCGGCAUGGACUUCCACGGUCGCAUCCACAAACCUAUGGCCAAGCAACUUGCCCGUGCCUUGGAACCUCACCAUCCACUAUUCAUCGAAGAGCCCCUUCUCUCCGAACACAUUGGCGGCAUCAAGUCUUUGCACGAGCAAACCUCCAUUCCUAUUGCACUCGGAGAACGUCUUCACUCACGCUGGGACGUACGCCCUUUUCUCGAAGCCAGCUGCGUUGAUAUCCUGCAACCGGACAUCUCGCACAUCGGCGGCAUCUCGGAAAUGCGACGUAUAGCCUCCGCAGCCGAAACCCACGACGUAGCCAUAGCACCACAUUGCCCAUUAGGUCCUAUCGCCCUCGCUGCAUGUGUUCAGGUAGACUGCACACUACCUAAUUUCGUCAUUCAAGAGAUGAGUUUGGGAAUUCACUAUAAUGCUGGGAGUCAGGAUCUCACGUCUUAUACCAAGAAUCCUGAGGUGUGGGAUGUGAAGGAUGGGUACAUUGAGUUGAUGAAAGGGCCGGGGUUAGGAAUUGAAGUUGACGAGGAGAUGGUCAGACGGGAGAGUAGGGAUGCGAAGGCUUGGAUUAGCCCAGGAUUCAUUGGGCCGGGAGGGGAGGUUAGGGAGUGGUAG